AUGCCGUUCGGUCGGUACCCCGCUUUACUUGCUACCAGUGAAAUGCUAUCUCGUGAUCGCCGUUUCGUGCUCCAAGUUGAAUGGGUUUUCGACGCGUUCAGUCCGUUCAACUCCGUCUCUCCUCUCCUUAGUUGCCGUGUGUUUAUUGAGGCACCACCAAUUGGCACUAAGGAACCCCCUUCUCUCAUGCCAGCACUCGCUGGUCCGCUUAAGUUGACAUUACCACGAACGGUCAAAAGCACAGCUAUUGCGACCAAGCAUGUUCCGCAACUCGGCAGGGACGCGGAUCUUUUUGCGCGUCCAAUAAGCACCGCAGCUUGGGCAUUCAACGAAGAUACGCAGUUCUGCACGACAGUGGCUAGCACUAAAGUUUGGCCCAUCAAGUCCUCCUACAUGUCGGCUCAUGAACUCACACACGGCUUGCACGUUGCCCGUCUGCUAGAACCCUUUAAGACUAGUAUUCGGGUAUGCCGGAGACAUGAGGAGAGGGUGAUAGACUCUUCGAUUUCGGGUGAUGCCACUCACCGCCCGGGAUUGUCACGUGGUCUCCGAACACCCGCGGACCAAGUGAUCUGGCUCUCGCUUAUUGGCACUGCGAUAGUCGCGGGACGACUUGAAGUUGAGUUGGAACGUUACCAGCCUGCCGAUGUAGGCCUAGAGCUUCCUCCAGCACACACAGUGACUAUUCUGGACCCUGGAGUUAGAUGCGAUUCCGCCGCGGACCUACUACCUGAUCCGCAGUAUACCUUGUUGUUUACUCCACUCGGGGAUAAGGACACCAAAAUAACGCAGUCCUUGUCGGAAAUUCUCUUUGUGUGUCGCUUCUACCCGCGAAGUAAACGGAUUGCUGAAAUUCGCUUGAGAUUUAAGAAAGAGUUGGUACUGAUGGACCUGGUUGCAGACGGCGCAGAACCUAGAUUGCCAGACGGUCACAUAGAGAAGGAGCGCAUCGAAGCCGACGCCGACCUUGCCGCGAACUGGGUGGACCCUUGGAACGUCAUCAUACAUGUCGAGCAUGCUGUCCGAUUGGUUUGGAACCAAGGCGAGAAUCAGUAG